UCGGCUAUAAGGCAGAACCUUAAUUCAGUAACGUUAACAUUUAUAACAUUAACAUUCCCGAUUCUGAAAAUAUAUUGCCACAGUCUUCAUUACAAUUUACUUUAGAGUCGAAUAAACAACAGUUUCAGUUAUUUAAGGUAAUCCACCGUGAUAAGAAGUUGAACUUCCUUUAUAAUUCGUUUUCUCCUAAGGUAUAUUUGCAAUGACUGUUUAGGGCCACCGUAGUGGCAAUCUUCGCGGCGGCGCGCCACCGUAAAAAUAGUGCCUAGCCGAAAAUCCGGCCCGAUUUUCGUGCCAAGAUCAGCCUGGUGUUGUUUGUCGGGAUUAGUUGUCUCGUACUUCCAACUUCGGCUCAGAAAUGGAGAAGGUUCAACUGGUUGCCGAUCCGAUCGACUUCCCCAAGGAAGAGGAAAAGAUUCUGGAGUUAUGGAAGAAACUUGAUGCCUUCCAGACGUCCCUGAAACAGUCGAAAGGCAAACCACGCUAUGCCUUCUAUGAUGGUCCACCGUUCGCCACCGGCCUGCCCCACUACGGCCACAUUCUGGCCGGUACCAUCAAGGACAUAGUGACCAGGUAUGCCCAUCAGAGCGGCUUCCAUGUGGACAGGAGGUUUGGAUGGGAUUGUCAUGGUUUACCGGUGGAAUAUGAGAUUGACAAGACACUGGGAAUCAAGGGUCCUGAGGAUGUGGCUAAGAUGGGCAUAGAGGCGUACAACAACGAAUGCCGCAAGAUUGUCAUGAGAUACUCCAGUGACUGGGAGUUUAUCGUGACACGGUUGGGUCGAUGGAUUGACUUUAAGAAGGACUACAAGACGCUGUAUCCAUGGUUUAUGGAGUCCAUCUGGUGGGUCUUCAGGCAGCUCUUUGACAGUGGCUUAGUCUACAGGGGAUUCAAGGUGAUGCCUUUCUCCACAGCGUGCAACACACCGCUGUCCAAUUUUGAAUCAGGACAAAACUACAAAGAUGUGGUUGAUCCGGCAGUGAUUGUCAAUUUUCCCCUGGAUGAGGACCCAAACGUCAGCGUGAUCGCCUGGACAACCACUCCCUGGACGUUGCCUAGCAACCUGGCACUCUGCGUCAACGCAGACAUGGACUACGUCAAGAUUGUUCUUAAAAAGGAUAACAAGGUUUACAUCAUGAUGGAGGCCAGGCUAUCUGCAUUGUUCAAAGGGGAAGACGAGUACGAGGUUCUCGAAAAGUUCAAAGGCAGCGCUCUGAACGGCAAAGGCUACCAACCUCUCUUCAGCUACUUUGCUGAGCUCAAGAAGACGGGAGCCUUCAAAGUCCUGAACGACGGUUACGUGACCGACGACAGCGGUACCGGAGUGGUUCACCAAGCCGCCUACUUUGGUCAGGAUGAUUACCGCGUGUGUCUGGAGAACGGGGUGGUUACCAAGGAGAUGAUCAUCUGCCCGGUAGACUCCAGCGGCAGGUUCACCAGCGAGGUCACGGACUUUGCUGGCCAGUACGUCAAGGAUGCUGACAAGCAGAUCAUCAAGUGGCUCAAGAACCAGGGUCGUCUCGUGGACCAGAGCACCUGCAAGCACAGCUACCCGUUUUGUUGGCGGUCUGAGACCCCCCUGAUUUACAAAGCUGUGCCCGGUUGGUUUGUGAGGGUGGAACCCCUGGUGGAGAAACUCCUGGCAAAUAACCAGCAGACGUAUUGGGUGCCAGAGUUUGUCAAGGACAAGCGUUUUGCCAACUGGCUGCGGGACGCCCACGACUGGGCCAUCUCUCGAAACCGUUACUGGGGGACGCCAAUCCCUCUGUGGGUCAGUGAGGAUCUGGAGGAGGUGGUCUGCGUGGGCUCCAUGGAGGAGCUGGAGGAACUGACUGGAGUCAAGAUCACAGAUAUCCACAGAGAGAGUGUUGACCAGCUGACCAUUCCCUCCAAGCGGCCGGGGAUGCCACCGCUGAAGAGGGUCAAUGAAGUCUUUGACUGCUGGUUUGAAAGUGGAAGCAUGCCUUAUGCCCAGAUGCAUUACCCGUUUGAGAACAAGAAAGAGUUCGAGGAUUCUUUCCCUGCGGACUUCAUUGCAGAAGGCAUCGACCAGACUCGGGGCUGGUUCUACACCCUCCUAGUGCUGUCCACUGCUCUCUUUGACAAGCCUCCCUUCAAGAACCUGAUAGUCAACGGCCUGGUCCUGGCUGCCGACGGACAGAAGAUGAGUAAGAGGAAGAAGAACUAUCCCGACCCGCUCCAAAUCGUCCACAAAUAUGGAGCUGACGCUCUCAGGCUGUACUUGAUCAACUCUCCCGUUGUGAAGGCGGAGACUCUUCGCUUCAAGGAGGAGGGCGUGAAGGACGUCAUCAAGGAUGUCUUUCUGCCCUGGUACAACGCCUACCGCUUCUUCAUUCAGAAUGUGCAACGAUUGUGCAAGGAGGAGGACACUACGUUUCUUCACAAUGAGCAGACAUUUCAGCCGUCUGGGAACUACAUGGAUCGAUGGAUCCUGUCGGCAUGUCAGAGUCUCAUUUCGUUUGUCAAGCAAGAAAUGGCCGCCUAUCGCCUGUACACCGUAGUCCCUAAACUUGUCAAGUUUGUGGACACUCUAACCAACUGGUACGUGCGGUCCAAUAGGAGAAGACUAAAGGGAGAGAACGGCCGUGCAGACUGCGAGCAUGCCCUGCACACCCUAUACAACGUCCUGUUCAGCAUGGUGCGCGUCAUGGCCCCCUUCACCCCCUUCCUGACUGAAGAGAUGUAUCAGAACCUUCAGCAUCUGCUGGAUCCAGAGGCCACUCAGGGGCUGGAUACGGCCAGCGUGCACUACCUCAUGCUACCGCAACCAAGGGAGGACCUAACAGACACGACUAUCGAGCGUGCCGUCAGCCGCAUGCAGAGCGUGAUUGAGUUGGGACGAGUCAUCCGUGAUCGUAACACCAUGCCUAUCAAGUACCCACUGCGUGAGGCUGUGGUGAUCCAUGCCGAGCAAGAAUGCUUGGACGAUGUCAUGUCCUUGGAGAAAUACAUCAAAGAGGAGUUGAACAUCCGCAGCGUGACCACCUCCCAGGACAAAGAGAAGUACGGUGUGUCCCUCCGCGCCGAGCCGGACCAGGCGGUCCUGGGCCGACGGCUGAAGGGAGACCUGAAGAAGGUCACCCAGGCCGUGCGAGAACUGACGGACUCCCAGCUGGAGGGCAUGAGGAGCGCGGGGCAGAUUGAGAUCCACGGUCACGUGAUCCAGGAGACGGAGUUGAGGCUGAGUUACGUCUUUGCGCAGACCACGGACGGAGGGAAGGCCAAGUACGAGGCACACUCCGACAAUCAGAUUUUGGUACUCCUCGACGUCACACCUGACCAGUCAAUGGUGGAGGAAGGAAUAGCCAGGGAAGUCAUCAAUCGCAUCCAGAAACUUAGGAAAAAGGCCAAGCUCGUACCAUCAGACGAAAUCACCAUUUUCUAUCAAGUCAGUCCGGCCACCGACCGCCUGUCUGACAUCAUCAGGUCACAUGAUCAAUACAUCUUCUCGACCAUUAAGCAGAGAAUGUACCCAUUCCCGGUGGCCGCCGGCGAAGAAAUUGUCAGAGAAACCUUCCAGAUAUGUUUGUUGAAAACACUGACAAGAAUGCCCGAGGAUAAAGUUAUACAUCUCAAAGGAGUUGACCUCGAGCUGGUCUUCCUCAAAGGUCAGGUCAAAGGUCAAACGAAAUCCACCACAUCCAACGGUCCGGCGCCGUUCUGUCGAUUUGUCAACAUCAAACUCUGCAAUGCCCAGCCGCAGUGCGGAGCCACGUCCAGGUGCGGCACCAUACUGCUGGAGAACCCCCGGGGGGAUUUCCCUAUCUCCGUGCCCGAGCUGACCAAGCAAGUGGGCGUGGUCUUUGGGCUCCAUGGCGUGAAAGUAGGACUAUACAAGUCUGAGACUAAGUCCAACGAAUUAACGUCUGAAUCGCUACGGGACGUGUUCUCUCUUCAUGGCAGCACUGUCUACGCCUUUGUCAAAAAGUAAACGGAAAUCACGGAGUUAAAUUUUAUUAUUUAAAAAGUGUUGAAUUCUGGCCAAUUUUGGUGGCGCAUUUCAAACCAUGAAAUUGUGGUCUGAAAAUGACAGCAGUCAGCGUGUGUCUGUUGUAUGAAUAUUCAAGGUUUUGAAAUGUACGUGAUCUCAAAAUGCCGAGUUUAAGCAAACCUCUGGCAUUUUCCUCAAAACAGUGACUUUUAGCAAAACAAUUUAGUCAUACCUUUGUGAGUUUAGAAUGAAUUUAUAUUGCCACAGUGACAUUUUCCACAGGCGAAUUGUCACCCCUGCAUUUUACUAAGUGCAUCGGGCAAAAGCAAUUCCAUAAUUUUCUUAAUUUUUGUGGAUCUCAUCCGUGCAAAGAUUUUUCACUUAGCGCUGAGAGUUGUGAAGUUGUGCACUAACAAUGUUACUUGGAAAAAAAUAGCAGACGUUUCAGUUAAACCAUAACCAAGUUGACAAAGUAUAUAGGCAUGUUAAAGGGAAUAUACAACAUUUGCAACAUCAAAAAACAAAACUACAAAAUUAUUAUGAAAUACCUUUAUGGACUGUUAGUGAAGACA